AGUCCGACGUUACCUCUGCAGAGGAAAACGCAAUGGACCCGUGAGCGCUUUGCAUUUGAAGCGUUUCAGCCCCUGGAAAGCAACACCCGUGGCCAAAAAAAAAAUCGCCUUGUGUGAGUUAUUCAAGGCGUAAUCGCGCAACGAUGUGGAUCCAGGUUCGUACUAUAGACGGGAAGGAGACGCGAACCGUGGAGGAUCUUUCGAGGCUGACCAAAAUCGAGGCUUUACGCUUGAAAAUCCAGGAGAUCUUCAAUGUAAGCCCUCAGCAGCAGCGCCUCUUUUACCGAGGGAAGCAGAUGGAAGAUGGACAGACACUGUUUGACUACAACGUGGGUCUCAACGACAUUGUUCAGCUGCUGAUUCGCUCUCAGGCCGACGCUCCGGACAGCCCCGCCGCCAAGGACUCCUCAGGUGUUGCCUGUACUUCGUCUUUUCCCUCUGACUCUAAGUGCGAAGGCUCCCCAGCGUCCGCUUCCCCUGCAGUCAUGGAAACCGCCGCCAUCACAAGCAACAACAAAAGCAGCGUCACUACCAGCACAGUCAACAACGCCACGGACACCAGUGCUACCAGUAUCUCGACCAGUACCAAAAAUGGGUUCACGUCCUCCAGUCCGGCACGGGACCCUCAGCCCCCCACAUCCAGCAAAAACGCACUGGUUGACCCUGGAAUUGGUGUGUACAAGAUUAACGAGCUGGUGGACUGCAGAGACGUCAGCAUCGGUGCCUGGUUUGAGGCCUGCAUUGAAAAUGUGACACGCGCUCCCAAAGGACAGAUAACACCCACCAAGGGCAAGGUGGGUCGGCCCCCAAAAAGGACUAAUGGAAAGCUGGAGGCUGAGCAGGGACAGGCCCACGUCCAGGGCCAGACCACAGACAGUAACAGGAAUAAUGUUGCGUUAAACCCGGAGUAUAAUGGAGCCUCCACCUCUCAGACAGACUGUACAGCAGCUACAGAGACCAAGGAGAGAGAAGAGGAUGUAAUUUACCACAUUAAAUACGACGACUACCCAGAGAACGGGGUGGUGGAGAUGCGACCGGUGGAUGUGCGGCCGCGGGCCAGGACCCUGCUGCGGUGGGACCAGCUGCAGGUGGGCAUGCAUGUGAUGGUCAACUACAAUAUGGAGACACCAGAUGAGAGGGGCUUCUGGUUUGACGCAGAGGUUCAGACCGUCAAUCAAAUGUCCCGCACCAACAAGGAGCUCCGAGUCAAGAUCCUCCUGGGGGGUCCAGGAGACAUGAUCGGGGACUGUAAGGUUCAGUUUCUGGAUGAAAUCUACCAGGUGGAGAGGCCAGGAGCUUGUGCGCUCUCGGCUGCAGACGGACAGUUCAAACGGAAGAGCGGCCCCGAGUGCAAGCACUGCAAGGCGGACCCCGACGCCGAGUGCCGCUUCUGCUCCUGCUGCGUGUGCGGUGGCAAGCAGGAUGCUCACAUGCAGCUGCUGUGCGAUGAGUGCAACAUGGCGUUUCACAUCUACUGCCUCAACCCGCCGCUGGCCACCAUCCCAGAUGACGAGGACUGGUACUGUCCCACCUGUAAGAACGACACCAGUGAGGUUGUGAAGGCUGGAGAGAAGCUCAAAGCCAGCAAGAAGAAAGCCAAGAUGCCUUCGGCAACAACCGAGAGUCAAAGAGACUGGGGAAAGGGUAUGGCCUGUGUGGGGCGUACUAAAGAGUGCACCAUCGUCCCUUCCAACCAUUAUGGACCCAUUCCCGGCGUUCCUGUCGGGACCACCUGGAAGUUCCGAGUGCAGGUGAGCGAGGCAGGUGUGCACAGGCCACAUGUGGGUGGUAUCCAUGGGCGCAGUAACGAUGGCUCUUAUUCGCUGGUUUUGGCCGGGGGCUUCGAGGAUGAAGUGGACCGGGGAGACGAGUUUACCUACACAGGCAGCGGGGGUCGUGACCUCUCGGGAAACAAGCGGAUCGGAGAGCACUCUUUUGACCAGACCCUGACACACAUGAACAGGGCACUGGCCUUGAACUGCGAUGCCCCACUGAAUGACAAAGACGGCGCCGAGUCCAGGAACUGGCGUGCAGGUAAGCCGGUGAGAGUGGUGCGCAGUUCCAAAGGCAGGCGCAUCAGCAAAUACGCCCCCGAGGAGGGGAACCGCUACGAUGGCAUUUACAAGGUGGUAAAGUACUGGCCAGAGAUUGGGAAGUGUGGCUACUUGGUGUGGAGGUACCUGCUGAGGAGAGACGAUCUGGAACCGGCACCGUGGACACCUGAAGGACUGGAGAGGAUAAAUAAACUGGGACUUCUUGUUCAGUACCCACCAGGCUACCUGGCCGCCAUGGCCAAUAAAACCAAGAAAGAGGCCUGUGCCAGACCUGGACGAGGAGGCCGGAGUAAGCACUACCCAGGCAGAGGAAGGCCGCGGCGACAGCGCAAGAUCAAGCAGAAGGAGGAGAAUAACAACGAGGAGGACAACAAGCAGCCGGUGGCCAGCGUGGAAGAGGACGGGCCUCAAAGUAAUGGCGAGAAGAAGACAAGCGGAGAUAGUGGAGCAUCGCCAGCAGCAGAGCCUCCGUCGAAACGCGUUAAGAUAGAGGAGACCUUCCACCUGUCGGAGCAGCAGCAGCAGUUAAUCAGAGAGGACACAGCCAACAAGAAACUCUGGGAUGAAGCCAUGGAGAAUCUCAAAGAAGGACCGAAUUUCCUGCGUAAGAUGGAGCAGAUCUUCAUGUGCGUGUGCUGCCAGGAGCUGGCCUUCCAGCCCAUCACCACUGUCUGCUCGCACAACGUGUGCAAGACUUGCCUCCAGCGGUCGUUCCGGGCAAAGGUGUACACCUGCCCCGCCUGCCGCCACGACUUGGGCAAGGACUACGUCAUGACCCAGAACAAGACGCUCCAGAUGCUGCUCGACCAGUUCUUUCCCGGCUACAGCAAGGGUCGAUGAGGCUGAGGUCCCAUUUCUAACUAGACUAGAACCUACACGUACACACGUAUACGUCAAGUAGAGUUAAAAUGCAUUGCGCACACAUACUGUACUUACCCAUGGGCAAAUGUAUAUUGCAUAUGCAGCCAUUUAUGUAUACAAUCAUUCAUACACAAACAACCUCAGUAGGGACUGACCUCAUCUGUUGAACGUGGACCGUCUCCAUUAACAUCACCAGCCUGAAAUUCAAUCAAGGAUAUUUUUAACCUUCCCCCACUUCUGCCACACAAACGCACAUUAAUACAAACGCACAAAAGGAGCCCGACUCAUACGUUCGCUCGCUCUCUCUCUCUCGAGACUAGCUCAAGCUCCCGUUUCCCCGUUUGCCACUGACUUCACCCGUUGACGCAGCACAUUGUUGGCGUUCACAUUUCUCCCCAGCAAUACCAACGAGUCGGCCGUAAGAUGCCUGCCAACCUGUAUGCAUUUUGUGUACCAUGUCUGCAGUUUUACAGCAAAACGCGGAGCGAGGCCGAGAUCCCGUGGCUCACAGCAGUCUGUUUACGCAGUAUGAGUCUCAUCCAGCUAAGAGAUGGUCACACGUUUGGCCCCGGUGAGUCGCACUCCGAAAGAUUUUACACGUAGUUCUAUAUCAAAUGAAGCACAAGGUGUUUCAUGCCCUUGAAGCACUUUAUUAUUUGACCUGUGCAGCAUGUAGAUAAUUGUUUUGUAGGUUAAUCAGCAGGGUUGUCCAGCAUCCUGCCAGCUGCUCAUGUCACUUGGAGAAAUGCUAUCGAUAUGUUUGGAGCUAAUGAGAAUAGCAAAUGUGUCGUUGGGUGAAAUUCAGCGCGUUUGCAAAGGUUUGCAGCUGUUGCCAGUUAACAUACGUAGCAUAACGGGCAGCGACGGCGCAAACGUCUCUUUAAAUUUCAAGUCAAGUGUGGAAAGGGUGUUUAAAAAUACCAAAGACCAGAAGCUGUGACGCUCGAGGGGAAUGAUUUGGUCAGAAAUCUGCUUUAAGAGACAAUUUCUGGUGGGAGGAUUUCAUAUAAAAUGCAAUAUACAGUAUAACUGUAAACGUAUAGUACCAAACAGGACGUCUAGAUACAAAAAAAAAUGGUUAAACAAAGUUCUAACAUUCAUGUUCCCUCGUUGGUGGUUCCACGUUUUCAGUCGGAUAAUAACCAAGUGAGCUCACGCGUUACACACUUCCUUCAUUCCUCUUUGUCUUCCAGAAAAUCAUAGUAAUGAUAUAAUGGAAAUGAAAGAUUUCUAUGCGCCGCUCGUUAGCACUUGAAAAGUGUGAGGUGUUCAUUUCAGUGACUCCUGAAAGGGCACGCCGUGGUCGUCCCUGGUGUUACCAGGCAACCGCAAUCAAGCAGGACUUCACACAAAGAUACUUAGCAUAUAAUGUGCUCAGCAGAUAUUCAUCUGCUAUUGUUCACCAUGUGCGUACGCAGUGUAAAUCGGAGCUGGAGAGCGCGGAGCAUUAUCUGCGUCUCCUUUAUUUUAGAGCGGUGUGAUCGAUGAUUGCACAGCCACGACGAUGCCAGUUUGUCUUUGUUGGAAUAUGUAGAUAUGGUUGUUUCAGUUUUCUGUGGUUGACACUGAUGUGCAUAGCCUAUGAUUUUCACAGUAUACAGCACUGACUAUAAAAAAAGUACUUAAUUUUACCCUAAGUUGUUCACUUAUUUUCAUUAAACAGAAAUUCCAGUUUUAAAACGACAGUUUGAGACUAUUUAAUUUAUGACUGCAUGUGUUUGGUUCACAUUAAAAAUUAAGAACCUUUUUCUUAAAUGGGAAAAUGGGUAAAAUCCUACUGAAACCAGCAAGCGGCCUGGGUAGUAUUGCAUUUCUCAUCCAGUCGUGAGCAGCUAGGAGGGAUUUGCAUAUAUCGUGUUGAUAUGGUAAUUCAAAAUGUCCAAGGUUGGCAGGUAUGAUGAGAACUUAACAUCCCGUGGAGAGCGCACAGCGGCAGAGACUCUGCGCUAGUCUGUGAUUGGACAGAUGUCACCUGGACAGAUGUUGGUGUUUAAGGAAAAUGUAGCCCUUCGUGCACUGACGCCACCGUACCGACCUGUAACAGCCGUCGAGGCGAAGCCAUGUUUUGUGUCCCGUAGUCGAUUCAGAGGCGGCCGCUGUCUGUCAGACCUCCGUGCUGUCGCCGACACUUCGUCCACUUUCAUUGACAGGCUGUUCGUUUGUGGUGAUGUCCUUGUUUCUGUUCAAUCAUUCAGGAGUUGUUUUGUUUUUAUCUACAACAUGCAAGUACAAAAGCUACUAUGGUCUUUAAAGCUAGUGAUGUGCAUUACUUCCACUGUUGCUCAAAGAUUUUCUUCCGCGUUGACUGGCAAAGCUAAUAAACCCUCCUUUCUUUCUCUUCUGUGACCUUUGACCUCUGCGCCUCCUCUUUUCGCUGUCUUCUGCCCUCCGUGAACCUACAGUACUAACAACUUUUAGACGUCUCGUGGACGCUUGGCUUCAGUGCUGUGUUGUUUUUUUAUUUUUACUGCACGCUAUUAAAGAAAAAAAAAGUUUGAAGAGUCACAUUAAGUUUCCUAGAAUGCUUACUAUGAUCUAUGUCUAUGCCAUUUUCUACAGUUUUAGUUGCUUCUCUUCUACUUUAACCAUUAGUCAUUUUUAUGUGACGUCAAACAUUUGCAACCUUCGCCAGUCCGAGGAGUUUCUUUGCUUCAUAUUGUGAUCUGAAAUUUUAUACAUGUCAUAAUAAUACUUGAUAUGUACCUAUUAAAUAUUUGGAUUCCAAAAAA